AUGGCAGGACAAACAGCCCCUUCAGACUGUUCUCAUCUCAUUGACCACAGCCACAUCCCUGAGUUUGAGGUGUCUCUUUGGAUCAAGAUCACUUUGGCCUCAGUGUAUGUCUGCAUCUUUGCUGCGGGCAUCUUGGGCAACAGCAUCACCAUCAAGGCCACCAGGAUCCUGCAGAAGAAAGGCUACCUGCAGAAGGAGGUCACGGACCACAUGGUGAGCCUGGCCUGCUCUGACCUGCUGGUCAUCCUGCUGGGCAUGCCCGUGGAGUUCUUCAGUGCCAUCUGGAGCCCCUUUUCCACCCCCAAUGGCAACAUGGCUUGCAAGCUCUACUACUUCCUCUUUGAAGCCUGCAGUUAUGCCACUGUGCUGCAUGUGGCCACCCUCAGCUUUGAGAGGUACGUGGCUAUCUGCCACCCCUUCAAGUUCAAGGCAGUCUCUGGACCCCGCACGGUGAAGCUGCUCAUCGCCUUUGUGUGGGGGACAUCUGUCAUAGUGGCUCUGCCCCUGCUCUUUGCCAUGGGCACAGAAUAUCCCCUGGAAACCAUUGAGGGCUACAAAGGUACGACUGCCUGCGUCAAGCCUAUGUCCAGGCACCACCUCCCUGAGCUGAAGCACAAUAUGACUAUCUGUACCAACCUCUCCACCAAGUGGUCUGUCUUUCAGGCCAGCAUCUUCAGUGCCUUCGCUGUGUACAUCAUAGUGCUGGGAUCUGUCACCUUCAUGUGCCACAGCAUGAUGAAAACCCUGAUGAUCCACAAGGAAGGAACUGUGGCAGUGAAGGGUGAACACCAGGCGCAAUACCUAAGAAAAAGUGAGAGCUCAGAGGGCAAGAGCUCCAGGAGACAGAUCAUUUUAUUCCUGGGACUGAUUGUUGCGACUCUGGCAAUAUGCUGGAUGCCAAACCAGGUUAGAAGGAUCAUGGCUGCUGCUAAACCAAAGCAGGACUGGACUAUCCUCUACUUCAGAGUGUAUAUCACUCUUCUUCCCAUCGCUGACCUCUUCUUCUACCUCAGCUCGGUGGUGAACCCCCUCCUGUACAACGUCUCUUCUCAGCAGUUCCGCAGUGUGUUUCUGCAGGUCCUCCGCUGCCGCCUGACAAUAGAGCACGCCAACAAGGAGAAGUUUCUCAGAGCCAACCUGAGCUCCAAAGCAAGGAGCAGCCGGUCUCUACGUCCACUGCUCUUCACUUCGUCUAGGCACAAUUCUUCUACAAGGGGCAAUAACAAGGUUUACUUAAGUACUUUCCAGAAUGAGACCAAGCCUGACUGCAGCCCACAGAAACCGAGUCUUGAACCACCGGAGCCCAGCCUGCAAGUAGCGCCACCGGAGACUAGCUCAGAGCCCAGUCCAGAUGCACAAAAUGGCCUUUGUGAACAUCAAGCAUGACUUCAUAAGGCAAAGUUAAUGAUUAGCAAUG